CUUGUACUGGUAAAAUGUAAAGAUAUUCUCUAAUAAUGGCAGAGUUCAGCAGCCUGCUUUUUGGAGAGAACAUCAAACAGUGCUAGGAAGAAAAGCACUGAGGAUUGGGUAUAAUCUGAAGGAGGAGCCAUGACCUCCAAAAUGAGUUUCUUUAAGGAACAGGACUCACAAAAAACUGAGAGAGUUCAGAAGGAGACCUCAGAUACUACCAGGAGAAACAUGGAGAUCAUGAUAAAGGAGCUGGAGCACAAAGUCACCUCUCUGGUCAAGAAACAGCUGAGGAGGUUUGUGAAGCUGUUAAAUCUGGAUUACCCAGCAUGCUCUGAGACAGAGGUAGAGGAUGAGGAGGGUCAGAGCAGUGUCAGAGAGGGGGCGCUGAAGAUCACACUGACUGUCCCGAGGAACAUGAACCAGACUGACCUUGCAAACACACUACAGACCAAACUAGCUCCUUCCUGUCAUCAAAAGCUGAAAACAGCACUAAAGGAAAAAUUUCAGAAAAUUAAUGAAGGAGUCUCACAGCAUGGAACCUCAACCCUUCUGAAUGAGAUCUACACAGAGCUCUACAUCACAGAAGGAGGGAGUGGAGAGGUCAAUAAUGAACAUGAGGUCAGACAGAUUGAAACAGCGUCCAGGAGACCAGCAACUCUAGAGAAACCCAUCAAAUGCAAUGACCUCUUUAAAGACAAACCUAUCAGAACUGUGCUGACUAAAGGAGUUGCUGGAAUUGGAAAAACAGUGUCUGUGCAGAAGUUCGUUUUGGACUGGGCUGAAGAAAAAGCAAAUCAGGACGUCCUUUUCAUAUUUCCACUUCCUUUUAGGGAGCUGAAUUUAAUAAAGGAGAAAAAGCUUAGUCUGUUGGAUCUUCUGCACAAUUUUUUUACAGAUGCAAAGGAAUUACAACCAACAGACUAUGAUAACCGCAAUGUCAUGUUCAUCUUUGAUGGUCUGGAUGAGUAUUGCCUUCCUCUAGAUUUCCAGAACAAUGAGACAUUAUUUGAUGUAAGACAGUCAGCCUCAGUGGAUGUGCUGCUGACAAACCUCAUCAAGGGGAAUCUGCUUCCUUCUGCUCUCCUCUGGAUAACUACUCGACCAGCAGCAGCCAAUCAGAUCCCUCCUGAGAGUAUUGACUUGGUAACAGAGGUACGAGGGUUCAGUGACCCUCAGAAAGAGGAAUACUACAGGAAGAAAAUCAGUGACCAGAGCCUUGCUGAAAGAAUCAUUGCACAUAUGAAGUUCUCAAGAAGCCUCUACAUCAUGUGCCACAUCCCAGUCUUCUGUUGGAUUACAGCCACUGUUUUAGAGAGAGUGUUGGGUGAAGCAGAGAGUGGAGAGAUCCCCAAGACUCUGACUCAAAUGUUCACACACUUCCUGAUUGUUCAGAUCAAAUACAGCAACCAGAAGUACCAGAGAAAAAGUGACAUUGAUCACGACCACGCUAGAAAGAUUAUUCUAGCACUGGGAAAACUGGCUUUCCAUCAGCUGGAAAAAGGCAAUCUGAUCUUCUAUGAGGAAGACCUGAGAGAGUGUGGCAUUGAUGUCAGAGAAAUGUCAGUGUACUCAGGAGUUUGCACCCAGAUCUUCAGAGAGGAGUCUAAGCUGCACCUGGGGAAGGUGUUCAGCUUUGUGCACCUGAGCGUUCAGGAGUUUCUGUCUGCUUUAUAUGCACUUAUUUCCCUCAUCUCCAAAAACAGAAAUGUUCUGCUAACAGGAUUUUCUGGUUUCUUCAGAAAGUCAGCAAUGUCAGACUUCCUCAGGUCUGCAGUGGACAAGGCCUUACAGAGUGAGAAUGGACACCUGGACCUUUUCCUCCGCUUCCUUCUGGGACUCUCACUGGAAUCUAAUCAGAUUCUCUUAAGAGGUCUACUGACACAGACAGGAAGCAGCUACAGCAAAGAGGAUACAGUCCAGUACAUCAAGAACAAGAUCAGGAAGAAUCUCCCUGCAGAGAAAACAAUCAAUCUGUUCCACUGUUUGAAUGAACUGAAUGAUAAUUCUCUGGUGCAGGAAGUCCAAUCAUACCCGAACAGAGGAGGUUCCAGUCAUCUCAGUGGAGCUAAACUCUCUCCUGCUCAUUGGUCAGCUGUGGCAUAUAUGAUGCUGAAUUCAGAAGAGGAGUUGGAUGAAAUUGACUUGAGGAAAUAUGAUCCAUCAGAGAAAUGUCUUCUGAGGCUGCUGCCAGUGGUCAAAGCAUCCAGAAAAGCUGUACUACCCAGCUGUAAUCUCACUACAACAUCUUGUGAAAAACUGGCGUCAGCUCUACGAUCAGUAAACUCCUCCCUGACAGAGUUGGACCUCAGUAAUAAUGACCUGCAGGAUUCAGGAGUGGAGCUGCUCUGUGCUGGACUGGAGAGUUCCCACUGUAAACUAGAGAUACUCAGAUUGUCUGGUUGUAUGGUUACAGAGGAAGGCUGUUCUUCUUUGGCUUCAGCUCUGAAAUCAAAUCCCUCCCAUCUGAGAGAACUGGAUCUCACCUAUAAUCACCCAGGAGUGUUUGGAGUAAAGCUGCUCUCAGAUUUACUGAAGGAUCCAAACUACAGACUGGAGAAACUACAGGUGGAUCAUGGAGGGAAGAUCAGGAUGAAACCAGGAUUGAAGAAAUAUGUGUAUGAUCUUACUCUGGAUCCAAACACAGUGAACAGAUUUCUCUCUCAGUCUGAGAGGAACAGAAAGGUGGAGAGUGUGAGAGAAGAUCAACAUCAUCCAGAUCAUCCAGACAGAUUUGAUAUAUAUGGUCAGGUUCUGAGUGUGGAAAGUCUGACUGGACGCUGUUACUGGGAGGUUCAGUGGAGUGGAGAUGGAGCUGCUAUAGCAGUAUCAUACAAAUUAAUUAGGAGGAAAGGAGGCAAUAAAGACUGUGUGUUUGGAAAUAAUAAUCACUCCUGGAGUCUGAACUGCUAUAAUAACAGAUACUCUGUCAGACACAAUAAUCAGGAAACUGUCCUACCUGACCCCCCAACACCCUCUAACACACUAGGAGUGUAUCUAGACUGGGGGUCCUACACAGUCUCACCUAACACACACACAUUGACCCACCUAUACACACUCUACACCACAUUCACUAAACCGCUCUAUGCUGGGCUCUGUGUGAAUUAUAACUCCUCAGUGCAUCUGUGUGAGAAAGAAUAACCUCUACACUGUAAAAAAAUAAUCUUGCCCUUUAGUUAUCUGAACUUAAAUACAAAUCACUGACUUUAUUGGGAUAACAUAAUAUUUCAUGUAUGCAUAUUCUAAACUAAUAAAAACUUUAAC